ACGACCCAGAAGACGACGAAGAAGACGGAGAGACAGAAGACCGAGGAAGACAUCAACAGAGACGGAACCAUGGUCUCCGGUGUGGUGCUGUUUCUCUUGACGGUUGCCUCUGUCUGUGGAAAAGCUGCAGCAGAAGGAAAACUAGUCUAUGUGACUGUGUUGUUUCGACAUGGUGACAGAUCACCAGUCAAAGCCUAUCCGACCGACCCACACCAGGAGAGCGACUGGCCACAAGGCUUCGGACAGCUCUCACAGGAGGGUAUGAGGCAGCAUUAUGAGCUGGGACAGUUUUUGAGGAAGCGAUACAAAGGCUUUCUCAACGAAUCCUACGACAGACACGAGAUCUCAGUUCGCAGCACAGACUACGAUCGCACUCUGAUGAGCGCCGAGUCUAACCUCGCAGGUCUCUACCCCCCCAGCGGUCGGCAGGUCUUUACAAAGGACUUACAGUGGCAGCCGAUACCUGUGCACACCGUGCCGCAAAGUGAAGAGAGGCUUCUCUCGUUUCCUUUGGGAAACUGUCCUCGCUACAAACAGCUGAUGAAUGAAACCGAACACACAGAGGCGUUUCUCAAUAUCACCAAAACAUACCAGGACAUUAUAAAUCUGGUGAGGGAUAAAACAGGACUGAAUAAGACUAAUGUGGAAUCAGUCUGGAGCGUGUAUGACACACUCUUCUGUGAGUCCCGUCACAACAUGUCCGCUCCUGACUGGGUGACUCCUGACGUCAUGGAGAAACUCAGAAUACUCAAAGACUUUGGAUUUCAGGUCAUGUUUGGGGUCUACAAACAACAGGACAAGAGCCGGCUGCAGGGAGGUUUACUGCUGAGUGAAAUAGUGAAGAAUCUUUCCAAGAUGGCCGAGCCAGAGUCAAAAGAGCGACUGAAAUUGAUGAUGCUGUCAGCGCACGACACCACUGUAGCUGCUCUUCAGGCCAGCUUGAAUGUGUUCAAUGGAAGACAGCCGCCAUAUGCCUCCUGUCAAAUAUUUGAGCUGUACAAGGAUGACAACGGUUCUGCCUCUGUAUCAAUGUUUUACCGGAACGACAGCACAGUGGACGCCUACCAGCUUCAGUUACCAGGCUGCACCCUUGACUGCCCCCUAGAGGAUUUUGUGAAAAUUACAAAGCUCUCUAUUUCAGAUGACAGGGAGAAAGAGUGUCAACUGCCAUCAGCUGGGAACGACAAAGAGGUGAUCAUCAGUCUGGCGGUGUCUGGAUGUCUGCUGUUCCUCCUCAUCUCCGUCCUCCUCUGUGUCAUUUGCUGGCAGAAGGAGCCAGUGAGCAGCCGGGGUUACCACCACGUGAUCAACCAUGAAGUCGGAGAGGAGUCCUGACAGAAGCACAGGCUCCUCCAUCAGAGAGGUACAAGCCUUGCAACAUGGGACAGCAGUGACGACAAUGAACUCUGAACUCUGAAACAUUUUGUGAUGUCUUCAUCAGCUCUGGUUCGGGACUCACAAUGAUACAAUUUUUUUUUGUGAGUUUCCAUCCAUAAUGGGUCCAAAUGACCCUGUUUCAGGGAAGAAUGAGAAACACUUCAAUUUAGGAUUUUAGAGAAGCUUUUACAAACUGUUCUAUCAUCACUAUAAACUAAUGUGAUGAGUUAUGGGUGGGACACGGAGAGACCAGGACUGAUUUCUACACCGAGAAAAAACAGCAGGGAAGAUAUUUUUGUCAUCUGAAGCACCUGCUGGGUUCCCACGUGGGCUGAAAUGAAUGAUUUCAACUUCAACGUUCAGUCAUUCACAUUUUGGGACUGGAACGACUGCAGAAAAGUUUAGAAAGUCGGCGCAGAAAAUUUUGAACUAUGUGACAAUAAUCUGAAUAUAUGUUGGGGAAACGGUGUGUUCUUGGUGAUGUCGAUGCAAAUGCUUGAUAAAUCAAAGUAACUGUAGCCCAAAUAACACGUUACCUUACUACUAAAGACCUAAAUUUAUGACCUAAUUUCAACUCUAAAUCAAAGUCCAGAAUGCUUCAGGAACUGAUCUGGUUCUUCUGGUUCUUCAGAUUAUUUUUUAAACGAGCAAGAUUACAUUUAUUUUGUAUGUGUGUGUGUAAUUGCAAAUUCAUGAGUAUUGCCCAUGUGUGCACAGAUAUAUUCAUGAAUCUGCAUAUCAUUCUGCUUGUGGGGGGUGUGUGAGUGUGUGUUUGUUGAUCCAGGGGCCUAAUGACCAUGAUGCCUUAAAUAUUUGUAAUAAUGGGGUGUGCAUUUUGUUUCGAUUUUGGUUUGUUUUUUGUUCUAAUGUAAGGCACAAAAUGCAUUUUUGUAGGAUUUCAAGUUUUUCAUGUGAACUCCUUCAGCAGCAGGGUGACAGCAAGCAUCCGCCCUCAAUUGUCCUUUAAGCAAGACACUAAAACACCAGCUCAAGGGUGACUUAGCUGAGCCUGACACUUUUUCUUUCAGUCACAGAAACCAAGUGCUUAUAGAUUUUAGUUUUAUUCAGCUUCCAUUGUGAACAGAAUAUGAUUUCAGAUUGUUUUCAUUGUGAAUAUCUGGGAAGAUUGGAAACUCUGAAAAUCUUUUGUGUAUUUUUGAAUUUUAAAUGCAGCUUUUAAAUGCAAGUAAACAGGUAUUUUAUACUGUUAUCAUGAAAAAUCAGAAACUCUAUCCCUAAGCUUCAUCUCAUACAGUUUUAGUAAAAGAUAACAUUCACUUUAAACCACAACAUUGAAGUCUCCUAAUUUAGUUCACCUUGAGUCUUCUGGUUCAGGAUUCAGAUUACCGUGAAUUUUAUAUUACAAUAAGAGAAAACUGACAUGAAGAGAAACACCCAAAAAUUGAGCUCAGUGAUAUUUGCUGAAAAAUUAAGAACAUCUGUCACAAUUGUAAUAUUUAAUGCAUUGAACUUGUUUGUCAGUGUUGUGUGGCCCCACUCAAAAUUGUCAUUUCAAUUUCCUUUCAUGCUUAACAAAAUCAGACUUUGAGAAUAUGUUUGUAAAUGUUUUGGAGAAAUAAAAUGAUCUAUUAUUGUGAA